GGUCAUGCCUUCCGGCUCCACAAACGCGCCUUCGACAUUCCAGUUGACCAUGAACGAGAUUUUUCGGCCACUACUAGAUAUGUUAAUCAUCGUGUACCUCGAGGACAUUCUCGUCUAUAGCACAACCCGAGAGCAGCAUUUGAAGGAUUUGGAAGCGGUUUUCUAUGUACUACAGCAGAACCGACUCAUCACCAAGGGCUCUAAGUGCAAGUUUCUCAAGCACGAACUGGAGUUUUUGGGUAACGUGAUCUCCGUCGACGGCGUUAAGAUUGAUCCCAAAAAGAUUGCUACCAUCAAAGAGAAGAAGCCGCCGGCUUAUCUCCGUGAACUUCAGAGUAUCCUGGGGUUUGUUCAUGUCCAACUCUGGACAAAAACCUGGCAGCAGUACGGCACACGUCUGCAUCUUUCCACGGCCUACCACCCGCAAUCGGACGGUCAAAUUGAGCGCACCAACCAGACGAUGGAGCAGCUGAUUCGCACAACACGCACAGACCCGACCCAUUGGGUAGGUACCCUUCCUUUGAUUGAGUUUGCGUACAACAAUGCUCCAUCGGCCACGACUACUCAGUCCCCGUUCUUCCUUAAUUACGGGAUAGAUCUGACAAUCCCUCUAUCGCCACCGAUAAAAAAUCCGGCAACACGGUCUCAGCAGUUCGUCGAAAACCUCUGACAGACUCAGCAAAAAGCUGCCGAUGCC